UCAAAACAACCAAAAUCGUGGCUUAUUUUAAUUUUUAAAUGUAUAAUAAUGCAAUUUUUAUUUAUUAUGUUAUUAAUAUAAAGUUAUCAAGAUGCGAAGAAGUUUAGCUCCGAGCCAAAUCGGGGCGAAUGAUAGCGUGUUCAAAAGUCCUCUACUUAAUUCAUCGAAACGUAAAAAGCGGGAAUGUACAAAAAUACCGCUUGCUCAAAAAUCUCUUUCUCAAUCUUUAUCCGCAUCAGAUCAUGAAAUACUCAUAAAGCAAAUUUUAAACAAGCCCUUUAAAGUGCCCAUUCCUAAUUAUGUGUCAUCCUAUUGUGGGAAGAGUUUAGGGUUGAAACGAACGCAAGUGCGACGCGCCUUACAUGAUCCCGACGAACCAAACGCUUUGGUAUUGUAUCGCCCGCCCUACAUUCCUGAACACGAGAAAAUGAAAAUGAAUGCAAACGAUAUAAAAGUCGCAGUUGUUGUCGAUCCCGUGUUGGGAAACAUCUUACGACCACAUCAAAGGGACGGAGUUAAGUUUAUGUACGAUUGUGUGACUGGUAUACAGAUAGAGAAUGCUUACGGAUGUAUAAUGGCAGAUGAAAUGGGUCUAGGAAAAACUUUGCAAUGUAUUACUUUGCUCUGGACUCUAUUAAGACAAGGCCCCGACUGUAAACCAACUAUAACUAAAGCGAUCAUAGUUUGUCCAAGUAGUUUAGUAAAGAAUUGGUACAAUGAGAUUGGAAAGUGGCUGGGUCAAAGGAUAAACGCACUGCCAAUGGAUGGUGGGAGUAAAGCUGAUAUUACACUAAAACUCCAGCAAUUCAUGAACACAUUCACAGCAGGGAGAGUUGCUACACCUGUCUUAAUAAUCUCAUAUGAAACUUUUAGGAUUUAUUCCAAUAUUUUGCAUUCAUCUGAAGUUGGUUUGGUCUUGUGUGAUGAAGGCCAUAGGUUGAAGAAUAGUGAGAAUCAAACUUAUCAGGCUUUAAUGGGUUUGAAAGCUAAACGGAGAAUUCUAAUCUCAGGAACUCCUAUACAGAAUGAUCUUACUGAAUAUUUCAGUUUAGUACAUUUUGUGAAUGAAGGUAUUUUAGGAACAGCUCAAGAAUUUAAAAAGAAAUAUGAGAAUCAUAUUCUCAAAGGUCAGGAUGCAUUAGCCUCUGCUCAAGAAAGGGAGAAAGCACAGGAAUGUCUACAAACUUUGACAUCUAUAGUCAACAAAUGUAUGAUCCGUAGAACUAGUAAUUUACUAACAAAAUAUUUACCAGUCAAAUUUGAACAAGUUAUAUGUGUCAAAAUGACUCCACUCCAAACACAAAUAUACAAGAAUUUUAUAAAUUCUGAUGCGAUUCGUAACAAAUUUACAGGCAGCGGUGACAAAAACACAUUCACUACAUUAUCUAGCAUCACAACAUUGAAGAAGUUGUGUAAUCAUCCCGAUUUAGUGUAUGAUAAAAUAAUAGAGAGAUCUGAAGGCUUUGAGAAAGCUAAAGAUUUAUUACCUGCAAAUUAUGACAUUAAAGAUGUAAAACCUGAGUAUUCUGGCAAGUUGAUGAUAUUGGAUUGUAUAUUAGCUAAUUUAAAAACAAAUACAGAUGAUAAAAUUGUCUUAGUAUCAAACUAUACACAAACUCUUGAUCUAUUUGAGAAGUUGUGUCGUAAAAGAUGCUAUCAAUAUGUAAGACUUGACGGCUCAAUGACGAUAAAGAAAAGAGCUAAAGUUGUUGAAAGUUUUAAUGAUAAUGAUUCUAAAGAGUGGAUAUUUAUGCUCAGUUCUAAAGCCGGUGGUUGCGGUUUGAAUCUGAUUGGAGCUAACCGUUUGAUCAUGUUUGAUCCUGAUUGGAAUCCAGCUAACGAUGAUCAAGCGAUGGCGAGAGUUUGGCGCGACGGACAGAAGAAACCAUGCUAUAUAUACCGGUUACUAGCAACCGGUACUAUCGAAGAAAAGAUAUUCCAGCGUCAAGCUCACAAGAAAGCACUCAGUGAUACAGUUGUUGACCAAAAUGAGGAGUCACUGAGACAUUUCACUUCUGAAGAUUUAAAAGAUCUGUUCCGUUUAGAAGAGAAUACAUUAUCGGAUACGCAUAGUAAGUUUAAGUGCCGUAGAUGCGUGAACAAUAUACAGGUAACAUUGCCUCCAGAAAAUUCAGAUUGUACAUCGGAUCUCUCCAACUGGUACCAUUGCGCUGACAAGAAAAGUUUAGCAGAUAUAGUUUUAAAACAAUGCUGGGAUCUUGCCAAAAGCAUAUCAUUUGUAUUCCAUCAUAGAUCCGCGGAAGCUGAAGCUAAAAUUAUUGAAACGGAAGAUAAGGAAAAUGUACAAGAGACAAAGAGACGGAAGAUAGAAAUUGAUGAGGAUUAUUCUGAGCCGGAUGAUAGUGGUGAUGAAGAUUAUAAGUGAAUUUAAUUUGUCUGGUUUCCAUA